CGACAACUACGGCGUAGUAUAAUACAAUAUAAAUCAGUCGGCCCAGGCCCUCGGGACGGAGAAGAUGACGAGGAGUGGACGGUGACGGUGAGCGCGGUGAGCGCGGACGGUGCGGCCGCCAGCGGCGAGGCGCUGGCGCAGCUCGCGGCGCUGCGCGUGCGCGCGGCCGGCGUGCGGGCGCGCGUCGUGCCGCCGCCGCCCGCCUGCGCCGCCUCCCCCGCGGAGGGCGCGUGCGCGGCGGCGGCGCUGCGCGCGCUGGCGGCCGGCGAGCUGCACGCGGCGCUGCUGCCGGUGCCGGCCGCCGCCGCGCCCGCCGCGCCCGAGCUGCGCGACGCCGGCCUCGAGGAGCUGGGCGACGCCGCGCCGCCCGCGCGCCGCGCCUGCCUCGCCUCGCGCCCGCCGCUGCGCUCGCUGCUCGACCUGGCCGACGCGGCCGCCGCGCUCCCCUACCGCCUGCCGCCGCGCCGCCUCGAGGCCGCCGCCCGAGUUUUCUGCGAAUCCACCGAUUGCUCCGUCGAUGAAUUCACCCCGGACUACUGCAUCGGAGAAAACUCGACGUGCGCCACGCUGCUCACCAGUGAUACCGGCGAAGUAAAAAUAUUAGAAGACGUCAUUCGAAAACAUGAGCUGCGCGCCCGCGUAGUCGCGCUGGGGCCGCACCUCGCGAACGUGACCGAAGCUCUGGCGGCGCGCCGUGCCGUGCUGGUGUGCGACCGCGCCCCCGCCCUGACCGCGCUGGCCCGUCUCGACGCCUCGCCGCUGGGGCCUCCGCCCUGUGACGCCGAAGAAGUGUGUCCGUUCGAGCCACGGCGACUCAUCAAGCUUGCGAACGCCCGCUCUUUGGCACGAACUCCGAGCGCACUCCGCGUGCUCACACGCUUGCAUCUCGAUACUCAAGAUUUACGCGAACUGGGCAUUCAGGCGAAUACCAUUGGGCCUCUGCCCGCCGCCGAAGCUCUAAUCAAGAAGCGUCUGCAGGUGAUGUUACCCGGUGAAGUGCGAACUGCCGUGCUUCUACCUUUGAAUACUUCGCGGCAAGCGUACGAUGCCAGGGCACUGAUCGCCGCCGCGACGCUCGCCGAACAGGACCUCGAGGAGGAAGCCGCUCCAAACAUGGCGCGUUUUAAAACGGAGCUGACGGACGACGGGUGCUCCGCUCCGCAGGCGUACAAGUACUUGACGGACGCCCUCGGCACCGGCGAGUACGGGGCGCUGUCGGCCGUGGCGGGCCCGGCCUGCGGGGCCGCGUUCGCCGACGUGGUGCGGCUGAGUCCGGCGCACAUGAUGCCGGUGCUGGCGUACACCGCGCAGGCUCCGCCGCCCGCUCCCGCGACCGAGCUCACUCUGCUGGCGGCGGGCGACGCGCGCCUCUACGCGGAAUCGUUCGCGGCGCUGAUGGCACACUACGAGUGGCGGCGGCUGGCCGUGCUCAGCGAGCCGGCCACGCGAGCCUUCUUCGACGGCACGCGACUUCAGACCGACGUCAUCAUACACGUGGAGCUGCCGGACAGCGGCCCCGACGUCCAGUACGAACUCAUCAAGCAGUGGGCCGACCGCGUGGCGAGCGCCAACGCCAAAAUAGUGUACGCGUGCCUGGAGGACGCGCGCUCGGUGCGGGCGGCGCUGUGCGCGGGCGGCGCCGCCGGCCUCACGCCCGCCGCCGGCGCCGUGUGGCUGCUGCCCGGCGCGCUGCCGGACGGCUGGCUGGCGCCCGGCGCCGGCGACCGGCACGGCUGCUCGCGCCGCCGCCUCGAGCAGCUGGCCGAGGGCCACCUGUCGGCGGCGCCGCGCUGGCAGGCCGACUGGGAGGACGGGGAGGACGGGGAGGGCGGGGAGGGCGGCGCGGACGACGCGCGCGCCGACGCCUGGCGCGGCCGGCUGCGCGCGCGCUGCGCCGCCUGCGCGCGCCCGCCCGCCAGUGCCGCGCUGCUCUAUGACGUCACGCGCCUGUGGGCCGCCGCGCUGCGCCGGCUGCUGGCCGCGCACCCGGCCGCGCUCGACGACCUGCACCGCCCGGAGCUGGUCAGAGCGCUGAUCGAGAACGUGACGGAGGGCGAGUACUCGGGGCUGACGGGCCGUUUCUCGUGGACGCGGGCGGGCGGCGCGGUGUCGCGGUCGUCGGGCGUGGUGCUGCGGCAGUGGGCGGGCGGCGCGCGGCGGCGCGUGGGCGCGUGGCGGCGCGGCGCGCUGGCGCUGGACGCGGCGGCGCUGCGCUGGACCACGCCCGACGGACGCGCGCCCGACGACGGCGCGCCGCGCUGCGGCCUGCAGCCGCUCGCCGACUUCCUGCACAGCGACUGCCGCGCGGCGUUCAUCGUGCUCAGCUCGCUCCUGCUCGCCGCGCUCAUAUCGACGCUGGUCGGUGUCGUCUUGCACUGUAAGCGGCGAGCGGAACUCGAGUAUCGCGCGCGUCUGGCCGCGCUGGACAUGCGCACCUUCGGACUGAAGCCGGGCGGACUGGACCGGUGGGAGCUGCCCCGGGAGCGCGUCGUCAUCAAUAGAAAGCUCGGCACCGGCGCUUUCGGAACCGUGUACGGCGGGCACGCGCUGCUCGCCGAAGAUCGCGGCUGGACGGCCGUCGCCGUGAAGACGCUGAAGGCCGGGGCUACGACGGAGGAAAAGUUAGACUUUCUCUCGGAAGCCGAGGCGAUGAAGCGCUUCGAUCACAAGAAUAUUAUACGUUUACUGGGAGUGGUCACGAAGACGGAACCCGUGUGCACCGUGAUGGAGUUCAUGUUGUACGGCGACUUGAAGAACUACUUGCUCGCUCGGAGGCACCUGGCGGGCGGCGGCGGCGGCGGCGGCGGCGAGGAGGACGCGGCCGAGGAGGUGUCGGCGCGGCAGCUGACCAGCAUGGCGCUGGACGCGGCGCGCGCGCUGUCCUACCUGGCGCAGCUGCGGUACGUGCACCGCGACGUGGCGGCGCGCAACUGCCUCGUCAGCGCGCACCGCGUCCUCAAGCUGGCGGACUUCGGCAUGACGCGGCUCGUCUUCGAAAACGAUUACUACCGCUUCAGCCGCAAGGGCAUGUUGCCGGUGCGCUGGAUGGCACCCGAGAGUCUCGCGCUCGGCGUCUUCUCGCCGGCCUCGGACGUGUGGUCUUUCGGAGUGCUGCUCUACGAGAUCGUCACUUUCGGCUCGCUGCCCUUCCAAGGCCUGAGUAACAGCGAAGUCCUGGCGCGGGUCAAAGCCGGUCAGACCCUCGAGUUACCCUCCGGACUGAAACCGCAGCUGGAGGGGCUGAUCAAGUCGUGCUGGCAGCAGGAGUUCCGCGCGCGGCCGGGCGCGGCGGAGGUGGCGGCGUUCCUGGCGGACUGCCCGCGGCUGCUGGCGCCGUGCCUGGACGUGCCGCUCGACGCGCUGCCGCUCGACGCCGACGCCUGGCGCCUGCCGCGCGACCGCGCCGAGGCGCGCUGGGUGUCGUGGGCGGCGCCGCCGUCGGCCGCCACCGACACCACGUACCUGAGCGCGGACGCGCCGCCGCCCGACGAGGCCGACGCCUUCCUCGCGUGACGCGUGUCACGUGC